UGUGUUCACUAUUUGGACAUUAAUAAUGAUAGCUGACAAUAGUGUUAUUUCACAAGACUCAAAAUACUCAGAGUGGUUAGAAAAAUUGAAAGAAAAUGAUGAUAUAAAACAUUUUGAUCAUUCAGAAUUUGAAAAUGUCAAAAAAAUUGGCAGAGGCGGGUAUGGAACUGUUUAUUAUGCUAAUUACCGUGGAACGGAAAUCGUAUUCAAAAAGCCAAUCGAUGAGGAUAUAAAAACUUUCGUUAAUGAGCCGAAAUGUCGUCCAACAAUAAGCCAAAUUCUAUACCAUCUUGAUGAACUAUCGGAAGUAGCUUUUGAAGUUAUCAUGAAUAACACUGCUAAAUAUAACAAAUAA